AUGAGCCUUAGAUUGGGAUUUGCAGCUGUGGUGAUAGUCCUCCUGCUCGGAAGUAUUUUGUUUGUUGAUGCUGAUGUUGUGUAUGAGAAUUGUGUGGAGUACAAUAAUAAUUACUUCUUCUGGACGAUUAAGGAUUCAAAGAUUUAUGGAAGAGCUGUUUUUACUGAUGCUGCUAAUGGGUGGGCUGGCAUCGGAUUCAGAAGUGGAUAUGAGUAUUUAGAUCCAGUUCCAGUUGAUGGAGGUGUAGAUAAUUCCAAAAUGCUAAACAGCUUAAUCUAUGUUGGAUACAGAGAUGUCUACUAUAAUCAUUACUUCCAUGAAUACAUUGCUGGUUCCGAUGCUAUUCCUGAUAAGCUUGUUCCUCAACUCAAAGGAGCAGGAUAUUCGAGAACCACUAAUACCUCAUCCAAUAUUAAUAUUGUCUUUGAAAGACCAUUGGUUAUGUCUGGAACUGGAUACGAAAAGUAUUACAAUUUCAAACAAGGAGAUAAGAGUAGUAUAUUAUUUGCCAAAACCAACUUUAAAUCUCCAAGACCAGCUGGAUUGGAUGAUAUGUGUAGACAUAAUGACGCCAAGAUUAUGAAGGUUGACUUUUUUGCACCUAGCUCAUGUAGUAAGACUGUUGAAAUGAUUGGAAAAAUUCCAGAUUACAUUACUCCACUUCCAUCCAAUUAUUAUGAUUAUAUGGAUAGAAAGGAAAGUGAAUCUUCAUCUACUUUCUCCUUAGUAAUGAUUAUUUAUAUUACUGUUGGUUUUGUUAUGAGUUUGCUUUUGAUUAGAUAA